GCUCACCACCACGCUUUAAUGUUGAUAAAGUUGGCAUAAAAAUGUAUCCAAUGUUUUCUCAACAACAUCUGAUAGUGUUUUCACAAUAAACACCGAGCGCACCAGCAUCGACGGCCGCCCCGGCUCCACUCGGUGUUUUGCCGCCUUUAAGGACCAGUGAACAAAUAAUCUGAGACUGAUCGCGUGUUUAUUAUUUUGACAAUCAGUGCCAGUGUCUUCUUUUCGUGAGCGAUGCACACCUUGUUCGGCGACCAGGGUGCCUACUACCGCCAGAGCGGCCCGUACUCCAUGUCCAACCCGCACCACUCGGCCGGAUACACGUACGAGCAGUACUCGUCGGCGGUCACCGCGGCCAGGUACGCACCCUACGCCUCGUCGUACCCGGCGGUGGCCGCCGCGGCCGCCGCCGGCCUCGCCAACCAGCACCACCACGGCGCCAACAAGGACAUGGUCAAGCCGCCCUACUCGUACAUCGCGCUCAUCGCCAUGGCCAUCCAGAACGCGCCCGACAAGAAGGUCACGUUGAACGGUAUUUAUCAAUUUAUCAUGGACCGCUUUCCUUACUACCGCGAAAACAAGCAGGGCUGGCAGAAUUCGAUCAGACACAAUUUGAGCCUGAACGAGUGCUUCGUCAAAGUGCCGCGCGACGACAAGAAGCCGGGCAAGGGCAGCUACUGGACGCUCGACCCCGACUCGUACAACAUGUUCGACAACGGCAGCUACCUGCGCCGACGGCGGCGCUUCAAGAAAAAAGACGCCCUGAAGGAGAAGGAGGACGCCAUGAAGCGGCAACAACAGCAACACCAGCCCCUCGAGAUGCUCAAGGACAAAAUCGGGAUGGAGAAAAUCGCCAACAAAGUGGCCGGCGGCUCGUGCAAGCAGCUGAAAAAGGAGCCGGGCGAGGCGGCCGACCUGCGGCCGACGUGUCUGGCCGACAAGUACCACCACCCUGCCGCCUACCAGCACCACCACGACGUCAAACCCAUCCUGGAGCACCUCGAGUACCAACAAGAAGCGCCUUCCUCCUUUUCCGUGGACAGUCUGAUGACCUCGAGAGAGCACUACGCGGCGGCCAGGUCGAUCUACCCUCCGGCGGCCCACUCGUACCAGUACCAGUCGCUGCAGGCCAUGGAGGAACUGUCCAUAUCCAACACCCCCAUGCAGCCGCACCACAACUUCCAAAGGUCGUGGUACACGUCCGCCUCGGACAACUCGGAGAACGCGUCGGUCCAGGCGGCCACGUCGGCGGCCGCGGCCGCCGUCAUCGCGGCCACCAACGGCUUCAGGGAGAUCCUGGAGCCGAACCCGAGCUGCCAGCUCGGCUUCAGCGGCGGCCGCUCCCUCGGCCAGACGGCCGGCGGCCAACUGCAGCAUCCGCAGCAGCACCCGGCCGGCAGCAGCUCGCCGCCGUCGCCGUUCCGACCGGCGGCCGCCGCGCAGCCCGCGGCCGCCAACUCGCCCUUCUACAACGUGCAGCGAGCCGUGUGCAACUCGAAUUCGCCCAAAUAUUGAGAAAUUCCAUUUUUUUACCUUUAAGUUUAUUAUUAUUUUUUUAAUCGCCCGCUGAAAAAACUCUCAUCGUAAUUGUCGUGCAAUCGUCCGAGUGAUAUAAGUGCUGGACCUAUUUUAUUAUCAUUUUCAUUGUUCAAUAUGUAAAUUAUAAUUUGGAUUUUGAUGAUCGUAGACUUUUAUCAAGACCGAGAUCAAUGUGUACAUAUUGUAAUAUUUGUGAAAUCAAAAUGGGUAAAUCAUAGUAAUAAAAGUGCGGACCGAAGCGCGCGUGCAAACAUUCUCAAUAAAAUGUGUAAUAUAUAAGGUUAAUAAUCGCGACACACGCAUGUCAUCUCGUAUGUUGAUUGCUUUCAACAAGAACACAAUGAUAUUUAUGUCCUGUUGAAAUAUUCCUUUUUUGAGAGAAAAAAAAGAACGCCGUGGUGUACUUAAUUAUUCUAAUAAUAAUGGAUGAU